AUGACUAUUGCUGCAUAUGCGUAUGAAGCUGACAGAGCUAAACGUUUAUAUUUUGGUCAAUACUCUCUCACACUUACUGACAAAUAUAUUGUUAUCAGUGAUGGAAAUACCGAGAAAUACAUAACAUGGAAGGACUAUGAAAAGUUUGACCCUAUUUUAACUCCAUGUACAAUGCCAUUCAUUGUAAAUGGUGAAGUUGUCAUGAAGAACGACACAACAGUAUAUAAGUCUGUAUAUGAAGCAUUAGAAUAUAUGUUGAAUUAUAAUCCCGAAAGAUUUGACCCAAGCACUACACCAUGUGCAAUGCCUUUUAUUAAGGACGGUGAAAUCGUAAGAGUUCCGGAUUCAACGGUUUAUACUGCU